AUGCAUCCUCUUGUUCGAGAUCUGUACAAGCGAUUCAUUCUUGUUGGUCGAGAUUAUCCUGGUGGUCUUCAGAUCAUCAAGAAGAAAGUGAAGGAAGCGUUCUUCACAAAUCGCCAUCUUGAGGAUGACAUAGAAAUAAGGCGAGCUGUGGCUCGGGGCAGGUGGUACAUACGGAAUGAGCUCUGCGCUAUUAUUCAGUUCAAGAAGUAUCGAGUGAUGAAGGAGCGAUACUCGCCCCACGAGUAG